UUAACUCAAAAGAAAUUGGCGUGCGGAGCCGGCAGACUCGAACUCAAUCUUUUUCUGUUAUAGAAUGAAACUAGUGGAAGAGGAAACAAGGCAAGCACUGUUGGAAGGUGUUAGGAGAUGGCUUCUGAGGAUAUCUCUCAGCUGGCAGAUGCCCUUGCAAAGACUCAAGUGGGUGGGGGAGAGCUGAGUUUCAAAGGUCGUGUCCUAAAACUUGACACAGCUGAAGCUGCUGCUGAGAUUAUUGAAGAGAUUGAGAAAUUUGAGCACCUGCAAGCAUUACGCCUAGAAGGAAACACAAUUGGCGUGGAAGCUGCGAAAGCUAUUGCCAAAAGUCUGUCAAGUAAAAAGGAGUUGCAGAAAUGCUACUGGAGCGAUAUGUUCACCGGCCGACUGCGUUCGGAGAUUCCAUGUGCUCUGAUAUUGCUGGGUGAUGCACUGAUGAGUGCAGGAGCUCAACUGACACUACUGGAUCUAAGUGACAAUGCAUUUGGACCAGAUGGAGUUCGGAGCAUUGAAAUCUUAUUGAAGAGUGAAGUGUGUUACACAUUGCAGGAGCUACGUCUGAAUAACUGUGGCAUGGGAAUUGGCGGUGGACAGAUUCUUGCUGCUGCACUUAGUGAAUGCCACCGUCUGUCAAGUGCUCUGGGAAAGCCAAUGGCACUGAAAGUUUUUAUUGCUGGGAGGAAUCGUCUGGAGAAUGAAGGUGCAAUUGCACUGGCUGAUGCUUUUAAGUCCAUAGGAACUCUAGAGGAGGUACACAUGACCCAAAACGGAAUAAACCAUCCAGGUAUUACGGCUUUGGCUAAGGCAUUCACUGAAAACCAGCACCUCAGGGUCAUAAACCUUAAUGAUAACACCUUCACAGAGAAAGGAGCUGUUGCCAUGGCUGAGACGCUAAAGUCGCUCCAUAACAUUGAAGUCAUAAAUUUUGGAGAUUGUCUCGUACGGUCAGAAGGAGCUGUAGCGAUUGCUGAAGCAGUAAAGUCUGGAUUGCAGAAUCUCAAGGAACUUAACCUUUCAUUCGGAGAGAUCCGGAAGAAUGCUGCAAUCAUGGUAGCUGAAGCUGUGGAGCAUAAAUACUUGCUGGAGAAACUUGAUCUAAACGGUAACUGUCUUGGUGAGGAAGGCUGUGACCAAUUGAAGGAAAUUAUGGACAGUUUCAACAAGCAUGAUGUGCUGGGUUCUCUCAGUGAUGAUGAAAGUGAUGGAGAUGAGGAUGAAGAGGUGGAGGAGGAGGAUGAUGACGAUGACGACUUGGAGGAGGAGGAGGAAGAUGAAGACGAAGAAGCAGAAGAUGACGGAGGUGGAGAAGAACAGGAGCAAGAGAAAACAACACGAGUUGAUCAAGUGAUAGUUGACACAUCCGUGAAAACCAUCCCAAUUACCCCGACAUCAGAAGCCGCCAAUUUCUUGUCUUUUCCAUCUCCAGACAAACUUGUUAAAAUGGGAUCUAAGCGGUCACUUCUGUUACUGCAGCAGACUGAUCUGGCAAACGCGGAAAAGGUUGUCCAAACGUUUCUGAAGGUGGCUGCAGUCUAUAAGGAAGACCAGGAAACCAAAGCAGCAGUAUUCGAGACUGCAGAUGAGCUGUUGCAGAAAGCAUUCAAGACUACUGGAUUUGAGUUAGAUAUGUUCAUUACUUCUCUCUUGGUGUAUAUGGGACUUCUGAAGAGUGAAGAGAAGAUUAAAACGGUUGGUAAUCUAAUUGGACCUUUGACAGUUCUCAAACACGUGAUUCAGAAAAGCUACUUUCCACGCUCUGUGAUUCCCAUCCUCCAUGCUUUCCUUACUAAAUACAAUCGUGCUUUUGACUCCUGCCAAAAUGCAAAAUACACUUUGUUGGAGACUAUGCAGAAUCUUUAAUACCAUCCCUGUGAUGUGGGAGCUGAUGCAACAAGAGAAGUACACAGGACUGGAGGGAUUAUCUAUGCAUUACCGAGGAAUGGCUGUAAAAAUGCCCAUUGAGCUGCACAGUGUUGAAUGCUUCACUUUCUUCGUGCUAUAGACUGGAUCUUUCGCUUCAGUCCAGCUUGCACCUCAUGGCCUUUUGACAGUUUGCAGUCAGCUCUGGCCAGAUUAUUUUCGGCUGCUUACAAGUGAAAGCGAAAUUGGAACCAUUUUUUAGUGACUGAUUUGCAAGCUGUUGAUGACUUGCCUUGUGUUUCCUUUGCUUAUUUUGGUGUUAGGAGAAAAAGUGGAGAAUAGCCAAAUUUCUGUGGCUUUGAACAUCCAAGUAACAUGUGCUUUAGCUUAAAUUUUGGCCCUUUAUUCUUUCGUGAGAUGCUUUAUGAAAUUGAAUGGGCAUGAUUCACAUUAUUCAGCUUCCUAUUUGAACCAGCUGACCUGGAGAAAGACAAAAUCAUAUUCGAAAACCUACAGGCUGGUACCUCAAUCCCACUUCUGAAAUAUGUCGAUGCUGUCAUCUUCAUCUGCUAACUUGUGUACAGACUUUGAAGGAAAUGUGUUCAUAAAGUUCUUCCAAACUUGUAUAACUGUGUUCAGCUAAUACAGUUUAUAAAUCAUUAAUCAAAUGGAAAGGGCUUGUUGGCUGCUGCAGAAUUGUGCUACCUACCCUUCUCCACCUUCACUGUCCUAGCCAAGGAUUUCCUGUCUGGGGAAUUGUAGGUUUUGGUCUGCGUAGCCAGCAGUACUUUAAUCUUUGUUUGCCUGAUUCCCCACUAUCACCAUCACAACUACACCUGAAAAAUUAUAGGAAAAAAGAAUUUAAAACAAUUUUCCCUUAAUUGACUAAUUAGUCAAAGGUGUCCUUGUGACUCAGUGCUACAGAAUAAAGAUAUUGCAUCCCAGUCUAUGGGGAGAUAGGUAAGUGCGGGGCACACAGCUCUAUCUUUGAAUAACUCACCAGUGCUAAGUUUACCAAACCAUGGAUACUUAGGGAGAUGCAAGAAUCUGCAGGCUAUUUGAGAGCCAUAUCCCCCCACGAAUAGAUGCCUUCUGGUGAAAAGAAUUGAGUUAUGAUUGGGGCAAGAGAAAAAAAUUAGAACACUGAUGGGCUUCUUAUAUAAUCGAAUAUUUUCUAACAGAUAAUUUUUACAAGAGGUGAUGUUUUAAGAUUUAAAAGAAUGCAGGAGGAAAAACAGACUUGUAAACAUCACAGUCUGAUCAUAAGUGAUUUGAAAGCAGCUGUAGGGAAACUCAUUGGUACUCAAGGAGGUGGACUGAAUCUUAUCCCAGUCUUUGAAGAAGUAUUUUAAUAUUACUUCAUUUGGAUUAUCCAACUCGUAAAACCACUGGACACUGAAACCCUCAGUCUGUUUUCUGUUCCAGAUAACUGUUUGCACUCUUAACAAUUAAGAACCCAUUAUCCAAGAUCUUUAGGGGAACUGCUCCAGUUGAAUUCUUUUUAUAAAAGGCUUGACAAAUAAAAGGUUGAGGUGGUGUUUGGAAAUUUCAGCUGAUCCUAAAUAGGAUUCUCAGUAGCUUAGGAAGAUCAGGGGUUUUGAGUUGUGUUGUCUUAGCAGAGCGGUGCACACAACUGCAUUAUAUCUCUCACCUCUUCACCUUGGCCUGAUCAGUAAUGUGAGGGUGCACGUGUGCAUCUCUGGAAGUAGAGGUAAUGUGUUCAUCUCUUGUAUGUAACAUUUUGUGUGAUGUACCUGUAGACCAGAACACAUUAUCAGGAUGGCCAGGCCGAAAAGAUCAGAUCUUUAGACUGCAAUUGGCUGUUGGCAUGAUGGUGAUGAGCAGGCCUUAUUGUUCUUUUAUCUGUUAAGCUUAAUUUCGUCUACAGGGCCAGCUAUGUUCAUAAUUAUCUAGGUUUGAAUAAGAUGAAAUGUUUUCAUAUGGUCUGCAAUAUUCAAUUCAUUUUUGUUUCUUCCUUAUUCUUCCCGCAUCAGACACAAUCUGUACCUUCAAAGGUGAGCAGACAACUCCCAUGCUAGCUCUGACACUUCCUGUACCAUAGAAUAUAGUGACUCUGAAGGAAGGUAUUGUGUGUUCCCCACUUGAGUUCAUUAAUCUGGUUUGCUAAUGGGCGUAUGCAGUACUGAAGGAAGUGCUGCAUUUUUCACAGCGGCAAUGAACUGAGAGCUUGUUAGCCUAAUCACAUGCAUAUUCUAGGUCUCGUGGUUCUAUCCGUAGACCAACAGAAUUAUUUUGGCAACUUAGCCGACAUAUUCUUAGUUAAUAUCACUAAAAGAUAAUUAACCGACUAUUUGUUUUAAAUGAUAUUUAAAGAAUUGGAACUGGUGUGGACUGCACUAUGUUACUGCUUCAGAAAACUCUGUGAACUGGGUUGAGUUUUUUUUUGGUGAUAAAGAUGCUGUAUGAAUCCACAUAUUUCUUCCUUUUCUAAUGAGACUGAUACAGCUUUGAGGACAUUUUCUCAGGUUAUGAAUUGCAGCAAAAGCAGUCUUGUUUAAGAUGCUUGGUUGCAAUAGCCCUACUUAAACACUUCACCUGGUGGUUAACAAAAUGUCUUCAUGCUAUAUAAAAGGCAAAGAAGCACAAAGGAGCGUAAGAAUAAAUUAACUCAGAACUGGGGUCAUAACUACUAGGAAUGAGAGAUGGUGAAGUCAUUGUAAUGUUGCUGGACUAGUAGUAAUGUUAUGGCAACAAUUUACUGUCUCCUAUAGGUUUAGGUAAUUGAGUGCAUUUCAUGUUCUUUUGUCUUUCCCUCCUGACUCUGCUAUCCCUUUUCCAUUUUAUAUUGAAAUUCUAAAAAAUUGAAAAUGUGUAUUGCUAAGUAUUUCCAGCAUUUCCUGUUGUUCAUUCACAUUUCCAAUGUCCAAAUAGUGUUUUUAACUUCCAAAAUGUGAUUGAUAGUGUCAUGUGCUAGGUUUGUUGGUAAAAUUAAAACCAUGACAUACAAGGGGCUGGUGGGGCCAAGGAUAUGAUAUUGGCUGAGUGACACAGUUGUAGUGCACAAUCACAAAAUACUGUGGACAUCAGAGAUUAAGAAAAAUAGUGCUUUUAAAAACUCAGCAAGUCUGGCAGCAUGUUUUGAACAGUCUUCGUUCUAGCCCUGUCAAUCUUUUGCUGCAGCAGCAGUUUCUCCCAGCUGAAUGACUAGCUACACUAUUUUCUCAACAUAGAGUGCCUAAUUUCUGUGACUAGGUCAGCAUAAUGACCAAAAUGCGUGCCAGAAAAGCAUUUUAUGGUGACUAAUCUAACAUGAUUACUUAUAGCAUUAACAAGAAAUUGGGUCUAAACUCAGCCCAGCACCACCAGAUUAAAAAUAGAUUUUGUAUUUCUGGGAUAUCUUUCGUGACGUCAACAUUUGAAAUCGAUUCAGUCAAUGCUGUUUUUUAAAAAAGAAGAAUUAUUAUUAUUAUCAUGUUGGAAACAUGGUAACCAAUUUACACACUGGAAAUUCUGUUAAACUGCAGUGAGCUGAUUAGCGAAAUGUUAAUUGGACAUGUAUAUAGGCAGGAAAAUAUAAACAUUACAGCAA